AUGGGCCCCUGUACCGCCUCCUCAUGCUGCUGCCAGGCCCGUAAUCUGCCAUGGGCCCCCGUACCGCCUCCUCAUGCUGCUGCCAGGCCCGUAAUCUGCCAUGGGCCCCCGUACCGCCUCCUCAUGCUGCUGCCAGGUCCAGAGUGUCUCAUGGGUCCCUGUACGGCCUCCCAUUGCUGCUGUCUCCAUCGCCACACUCUGCCAUGUGCCACUUUCAGGUCUCCUCACACUGCUGGUGGGUUCCAUUUUUGUCAUAGGGUGCUGUAUGGCCUCCCAUUGCUGCUGCCUCCACCGCCACACUGUUGCUCCACACUCUGGUUUUGGCCCCGUGACUGCCCAAAUGAGUGAAGUGUGCGGUGAUUCUAAGAUCGACGGCACUCAUCUGCAUGUCAUACUGACUGACAGUAUUAUUUCUCUUCCCCAGCAGACUCCAAGGGCAUUUAAAUUAAAGGUACAGUGUUCUGCACUAAUAUAA